CAAAUCCAAACCGGUGUUAGUGGGAGGGGGAGCAAUCCGCUGAGUUCAUAAAGAAAGCUUAGGGAGAGAAAGACGGGUUGAGAGAGCGGAAGUCGGAGGUUUUGUCGAACACUUGGGAUUUUUGAAAGCCCUCAAAACUCGACUGUGAUUUUAUCCAAUCUGGUGAAAACAUGGCGUGUGGUGCGACGUUAAAACGCUCCAUGGAGUUUGAGGCCCUAUUGGGCCCACAGUCUCCGAAGCGCCGGCGGUGUAGCCCGCUAGCCGGAGCCGCCGCUACUCCUUCCCCGCAGAGGUGCAGCCUAAGACCUCAAACGGAAAGCCCAGUCAACCCGGCGUCCCCUCAGGCUUUGAGCGGAGAACACAGGCUAACUCCAGAGCAGAUCUUCCAGAACAUUCGGCAGGAGUACAGUCGUUACCAACGGCGACGGCAGCUGGAGGGAGCGUUUAACCAGACAGAGACGGGUGCAGCUGUUGAGAGCUCCAACCCCAGCUCACCAUCAGGUGCAUCAUCAGUGAAGAAGGACCAGCCCACGUUCACCCUGCGGCAGGUGAGCUAUCUGUGCGAGCGCCUCCUGAAAGACCAUGAAGAGAAGAUUCGUGAGGAGUACGAGCAGAUCCUCAACACCAAACUGGCAGAACAAUACGAAUCGUUUGUGAAAUUCACACAGGACCAGAUAAUGAGGCGGUACGGAGCUCGACCUGCCAGCUACGUAUCUUGAAGUUCUGAAAUGGACGAGUACAAGCCAACAGCAUGGUUGCUGCAGUAUCAUUUCUCUCUCUCUCUUUCUCGUCUCUCUCUUCUCUCUCUCUCUCUCUCUCAUUCCUUGUUCAUUUUAAACACUGUUCGGGUGAUCUGGGUUCUUUGUCCACGUAACCUUCUUUUUCGUUUUUCUUCCUGAAGCCCGGCUCCUGAGCAGUCGUGAAUAAACGCUGUUCUGAUGAUAAACUCUCUCUUCCCUCUUUUUAAAAUAGACAGAAAAUUGAAAGUGAAUGUUUCUGAAUCUGACGUUUCUAUAACACACUCAACUCUACUUCCUGCUUCAAACCUGAGGGAUGUGGAUAUUUUUAUUUUCCUUACUCUUAUAUUUUUUGUUUUUUUUUUUGAAAAGAAUAAAGGUUCAGUGGUCUUCUCAAA